AUGCACAUGACCAAAGGCCGCGGCCCCGGCGCCGUGGCCCGCGCGUCGCCGGCGGGCCCCGGCCCGCACGGCCGCUGGCCCGCCGGCGGCGCGGCCGAGGCCCGCCGCUUCGCCCCCGUGCCGGCGUGGGAGGAGGAGUCCGCAAUCGUAGGUCGGGUCGUGCUCGUGAAUAUCACGGUCUUCUUGUUCAUGAGUGUGGUCACAGGGCAUUUCACGGAGUCCGCAAUCAUAGGUCGGGUCGUGCUCGUGUGUGCCACGGUUUUCGUGGUCAUGAGCGUGGUCACGGUGCGUUACACGGAGUCCGCAAUCAUAAGUCGGGUCGUGCUCGUGAAUGUCACGGCAUCGGGCAGCGCGGUGGCCCGUGGCCUCGGCUACGCGCAGGAGUGGCACACGGGCGCUGGCUUCGCGGGCUUUGCGGACGCCGCCCGCCCUGCGUGGGCCCACGCGCCCUGCCGGCAGCAGCCGCCGUCGCCGCGCUACGAGGGGCACAUGGCCACGCACGGCUCGCUAGCCGUGUGGCACGACACCCAGAGCUUGCAGGACGGCCUCGGGGGCAGCUUCUCGGGCAUGCGCCACUCCUGGCAGUUCGACGCCGUGGGCGAGUGCGCGGCUGCCGGCGAGGGCCUCCGCGCAGUGCCUCCCAGGCCCCUGUCUGCCACGAGCUGCGGCACCCCGCCGCGCACGCCGCUGCGGGCCCGGCCCCCCGAGGGCCCGCCCGCGGCGCCCUGCCGCGCCCCGCCGGGCGGCGCCUGGGCGCCCCCGCCGCCGGAGCCCCCGCCGGGCCGCCACGCGGCGGGGCCCGCCGAGCCCCGGGCCGGGGCACCGUCGGGGCUCGAGGUGCAGCUGUGGCAGAUGCUGCAGCAGCUGCAGGCCGAGCGGGACAGCCUGGCCCGGGAGGUGCUGGACGAGCGCGCGGCGAAGCUGCAGCGGAGCCACGAGGAGGACAUGCAGAGACUUGGCGCGCGCGCCGAGGAGGUCCGCAAGGCGCAUGUGCAGGAGGAGACCAGGAUCAUGGACGAGCUGUCCAAGAGCAGGCUGGACUACAGGGCCCUCGAGGAGCACUCCCAGCAGCUCGCCGCAGCCCUCGCCCGGGCCGAGGCCAGGCUGGAGCGCGUCGAGCGGGCCGUCGCGCCAACAGCGGGGUCCUGCUCGGUGCGGUUGUCCUUCACGCUCCACAACCUCGACCUGGGCUCCCUGCGCGCAGACGCGGAGCUGUUGGCGGCCUUCGAGGCACGGCUGAAGCAGGCCGUCGCCGCGGAGGCGGGAGAGCGCGCCUCGAAGGACCACGUCGCGCUGGCGCUGCCGCUGGCGUACCCGGGCCUCGUGCAGGCUGUCGUGCACCCUCGCCCUGGCGCAGACGCGGCCGCGAUGGCGCAGAGGCUCAGGAGCUCGGCGCAGCUGCCCCGGGCGCUGGCGGCGAGCCUGCAGGCGCUGGAGGGCCUCGACAGGGUGAGCACGGGCCCGAUCUGCGCGGGCGACGUCAGCAUCCUCCUGUCUCUUGAAGCUUUCUCGGCCCUGCUGGGCAUGUCUGACUCGGGCUCCGGGCCUCCACCUCCAGCCUGGGAGCCCAUCCAGCAGGCGUCCCUGGCGCUCGCCCUGAACGGGCAGCUCUGGGAGGUGCGCGAGCUGUGCUACCUCCUGGCGCUGGCACGGCAGCACGCCUGGCGGGCCCUGCUGACGCCGGGCGAGCGGGCGGUGCUGCUGGAGCAGGCGCGCCACCUGACGGCGCGUCUGGCGACGCUGGCUGGGCUGGCGGACGAGGCGGGGGGCGCGCCCGCGGACGCGGACGCGGCGGCGGCAGAGGUGCCGCGGCGGCAGGCCGGGGCCGAGGCCACGCCCAAGGGGGCGCGGGAGUUGCAGCAGGUGGCCCCGGCGCGGGGCCCGCCGGCCGCCGCGCCUGGUGGCGACGCGCCUAGGGCCCCGCCUGGCGCCGCGGCUGGGGUCGGCGCUGCCCUCGUGGGCGCCCUGGCGGCGCUGCCUGCUCCAGGCGUGAGGCCGCCCCCUGGCGCGCCGCCGGCGCCCGGGCCUCUCGCGCUGCCAGGGGCGGCCGCUGCCGGCGGUGGAGGCGGCGGCAUGGCGGCCGCUGCGGGGCCGGCGCCCGCCGGAGGCGGCGCGGUGGCGCUGGCGCGGCUGGCGGGCGGCCCCUGGAUGGGCUCGCCGGCCCUGCAGCACGGCGCCUUCACGGCCGGGAUGGUGCUGGAGACGCCCGCGCACGACCCGGCGGGCCAGGUAGACGGCACAGCGAGGGCCACCCGGCUAGUCGGGCGCGGCGAGCGGCACGCCGACUGGCUGCGCCUGCGGUCGGCACGGAGCUUGGUCGAGCCGCGGCAGUCGCGAAGCGAGGGCGGGGAGCGGGCCGCUGGCGACCAGCUGGAUUUUCGCGACGCCCCUUCCCGCGGCAACGCCAUUCAGGCGGUGGCCGACGGGCGCCCAGGCACGCUGCACGACGAAGCGAUUGCCCAGAUCGCGCGCGUCAUGGGCCUGCGGGAGGGGGCGGACGGGCAGAGAGCACGCCCUCGCAUCAGGGGCUACCUCCAGGCGGCGGUCUUCGGCCACCACCCGAUCCACUCGGUCGGGGAGCGGACGGUGCGCGAGCUCCAGACGUUGGCCGCAGCGCUGGACCUGCUCGAGGAUGGCUCGCUGGCGUCAGUCGCGGACACGCUGAUGCAGCGGUUCAAGGCGCUGGAGAUGGCGCUCAACGACGGCAACUGGCACAUCGCCAACGAGCUGGGGGUGGUCGAGGGCAUCCGCCCGACGCUCGCCUCCCGCGACGAGCAGGAGUCGGCGCGGGGGUCGGCGACACUGCGGCGGCGGCUGGAGGAGGCGGAGCCCGCCCUGGCGGAGCCGCGGCGGCCGCGGGCCAGGCUGCCAGCGGGACGCCCCGCGGGGACAGCCCCUGGGGCCGCGGCGGCGCCGGGCCGCGUGGAGCUGCUGGACGCCCCCGAAGUCCGCGCCUUUCGGCAAGACCAGCCGGCAGCGCAGCACUGGAGGCGCGGGCGCGCUUUGCUGAUGAUGCACGUGAGGAGGCGGGCCCUCUGGGCCCAGCUGGAGCUCGAGAAGGCUGGGGCUGCUGCCGAGUCUUUCCGCCGCCCGCUGGACGCGGGCCCGAUCCUCGAGGAGCUGAUGCGAGAGUUCCCAGGGUCGCCAGGGGUCUACGUGGACAACGUGAUCUGCUCCCGCUACCCUGCCCGAAGCUUCGAAGCUUCGGACUUCACCGUGGAGGAGAAGAUUGACCCGGGCGACCUGACCUCGCUGCAGUCUCGCUUGAGGGUGAUCGUGAUGGCGAUGAACUGGGAGGCCGGCUACCGCCACCUGAAGUGGGCCGACGUCUGCGGGCCGGAGCCGAAUGCGGCCCAGCGCUCGGCUCUCCUUGGGAUCGCGCGGCGCGUCUACUCGAGCGUCGCGCCCGAGCCCGUCAUGGCCGGGGCCCUCGACUGGUCCGAGAAGCUGAAGGACCAGGCCAUCGCCCACGAUGUUUCGGAGGUCUCCACACCGAGCAGGAUUACGCUCGAGCAGAUCGAGGGCGGCCUGCCGCCUGCGGGGGCGGCCGCCUCCAUCGAGGCCGCGGAUCUCGCCACGGGCUUCGAGUGGGAGCUGGUGGUGAGCGCCCUGUUUGCUCGCGGGAUGGUCGGCCCCAUCCACGAGGCCGAGAUCGCGACCGAAACGGGGGUGCACGACGCGCCGGUCCGCUGCAGCCACGGCGAGGAGCGGCCCGCCCUGCGGCCCAUCGUCAACAUGAUCCCCGCGAACGCGUGCCAGCGCACCAUCGCGGGGGACACCCCCGUCACGCCGACGACGGGGCAGCUGAACGGGCCGGCGCUGGCGCCAGGGGAGCAGCUGCUCUGGAGCGGGGCGGGCCGCAAGGCGUUCUUCUACGUCUUCCGGGCGCCCCCCGCCCGGCGGCCCUACACGGCGCUGGGGCCUCCAGUGCCGCGGCGACUGGUGGGCGGCAGCGGCGACGGGCUGACUCGCAUCGCGCUGAGGGUCGUCGGCAUGGGCUGGGUCAGCGCGGUCGGGGUGGCGGCGCACCUCCACCGCAACAUGCUGAGGCGGGAGGCCGCGACGCCGAAGGGCACCAUCCCCGAGCUGCUGAGCCGGGCGUCGGCCUGCUACGAGGAGGCUAAGUCUCCCGGAUCGCCGGGCAAGGAUGUCCUCCGCGCCCAGCAGGUCUCCACUUUGGAGGACCUCGUGGAUGGCGAGGCUGGGGUGCGCCGGCCGCCGCUGGGGCACGCCACGGAGCUCACGAGCCUGACGCGGCGGUUCCGGGCGCAGGGGCGCCCAAGCAGGCGGCUGGCGCAGAUCCUGCUGGGGCGCUGGGUCCGCGUGCAGUGCUACCGGAGGCCGCUCGCCGCCGCCUUCGUGAACGCCUGGAAGUGGCUGGCGUCGGGCCGCUCGGGCGGGCCCAUCACCGUGGGCGUCGCCGAGGACCUGUUGAUCGCAGCCGCGCUUGCGCCGCUCAGCGUGGCGGGCAUGCGGCUGACCGUCGACCACCUCGCGACGGCGUCCGACGCCUCGGAGGCCGCGGGGGCGAUCGUCUAUUCCCAGGGGCUGUCGGACAUGGGCCGCGCCCUUGGCGCCAGGGGCCCGCGGGCCCUCGACCCGGCCUGCGAGGAGGCCGUCGCGCUGAUCUCCGUCUUCUCGGGGAUCGACGGGGCGCGCCGGACCUUCGAGAUCCUGGGGCGCGCCCCGGCGGCGCACCAAUCGUUCGAGGUGGACGCCGAGGCCGCGCGCGUGGCUCGGCGGGCGCCCCCCAGCACGGUGCACCUGGGGGACGUCACGGCCGCGGACCCGGCGCAUCUGGCGCGCCUCCUGAGGGACCACGGCCGCAUCGCGAAGGUGAUCGUGAUUGGGGGGGUCCCUUGCCAGGGCUAUAUGGUCUUGAACGUGGCCCGCGAAGGGAGCGCGGACUCGAGGUCGCAGCUGGUGGGCCACAUGUGGAGGCUCAUCGAGGGGCUGAAGCGCGGGCUGCCCGAGGCCACGGUGGACUUCCUCGGGGAGAACCCGGCGUCCACGGCGGAGGACGAGGUCCUGGCCUUGAACAAGAUGUUCGGCCGAGUGCCGGUGUCCCUCGACGCCGCGGACCUGGGCCGGGUCCGCCGCCCGCGGCUGCAGUGGCCGUCGUGGGACCUGCUGCCCUCCUUCGAGAUGACGGCCGAGAUGACGGCGGCGGCGGAUGGGGCCCAGCCGCGGGCCUGCCGAGUGCGGCUGGUGACGGAGCUGCCGCCCGUCUCGGAGUGGCUGCCGCGCGGGGCCUCCUGGCCUGGGGCCGCUGAAGGUGGCCGCCUGUCAACCUUCGCACGCUGGACGCCGCGGAGCUCGCCUCGGCCGCGGCCAGCCGGGCUUCGCCGGUGCACGCCGAAGGAGGUGGCGCGCUGGACGGCAGCGGGCUACGCAGCCCCGCCCUAUCAGUUUCGGGACUGCUUCUGCCUGCAUUGGGCGGAUGGGCGGAAGGAGCCGCCGCGGGCAGUGGAGCGCGAGGUGCUGAUGGGCUUCAGGCGAGGCCGUGGACACGCUGCGGACAACCUGCACCUGCUGGAGGAGGCUGGGCGCGCGCCCGCGGCGGGCGCUGGGCCGGAGGUGCGCGCCAUCUACGUCGGCCGCGGUUCGCGCCGCUGGGGGCCCGGCCCCUCCAAGUGGGGGAACCCGUACCCCGUGGUGCCGGGGCGGCCGGCCGGCGACGCCGUGGCGCUGUUCGCGGGCUGGCUGCGCUCCCAGCCCGAGCUCCUGGACCAGCUGGGGGAACUGGAGGGAGCUCGGCUGCUCUGCCACUGUCCCUCGGAGCAGCCCUGCCACGCGGACGUCCUGCUGGCGGAGCUGGAGCAGCGCGGCAAGGGCACCAGAUCGGUGGUGGCCUCGCUGGUGAUGACGUGCCACCACUCGGGCGCUGACCUUCGGGUGGACACGGACGCAGAGACGCAUGGCAAGAUGUCCCCGCGGCCAGAGAUCGACGCUGGCAUUUGGAAGUGGAAGGUCGCUCGCCAGCUCGUUUGGCAAGACCAGGCCAAGCACAUCAAUAUGUUGGAGUGCGAGGCGGCGCUGAUGGCCCGGCGUUGGCGGGCCCGGUCGGUCUCACGACAGAUGUGCGUCUUCCUGCACCUGCUCGACAGCACGGUGGAUAUCGGCGCCCUUGCCAAGCGCCGGUCUUCGAGCCAGCAGCUCUACAAGGUAGCGCGCGCCUUCUCCAUCCCGGAGCUGGCGCUCGGGUCGCGGGCGGUCUUUGCCUUCACCUCAUCGGCAAAGAACCCUGCGGAUGCGCCGUCCCGCUUGCCCAAUGGGUAG